AGCGUGGAUUGGGUUGUUGUUGCUGACCUUCAUAUACCUGACCAAAUUAUAAAGCUUCUCACUUUCGUUUGGGUUUUAACUUCUUCGGGCUCUCCUCUCUUGUUUACUCCUUUACGCUUUCCUUCUCCCAAACCCUAAUUGCGAUCGUAUCCAACGCGGUUUAAGAUCUCCAUCGCUGCCGAUCAGGAGCAAUGUCUUUUACACGUAACUUCCGCUCCCAAGGGGGCACUACUGGUGACGAGUAUUGGCCCUCAUUCAGUAGAAACGACUUCAAAAACUUCAACAACUUCAAAAACUUCAACAACUUCAACCACUGCAACAACAACUGGAACAGGAGCAGGAGCAAUAGUUUCUCUAGGAAUUUUAACAACUUCCAUAAUUACAUGGGCAAUUAUAGGGAGCAUGCUGACAAUUCUAAUUAUUCCAAGCCUGACAGUGCUCCAUCAUUUAAGAGGAGGAAAUUUUCAGCUUCUACUUGGGGUGAUGGUGCGAGACACUAUCUUCCUGCCAACACAUAUGACUUUGCCCCUUCUAUCUACAAUAACUAUGUUCCUCACACAAGGUCCAAUGGUGAUGCCUCUACAUCUACUACCGGUAAACGUGACCGCUCAAAAUUAGAGGAGGAUGAACUGGCCUUUAUGUCAAGGGAUGAGAUUGAGAGACACUCCCCAUCUAGAAAAGAUGGUAUAGAUGCAGUGCGUGAAGCACAUUUGCGAUACUCAUAUUGUUCUUACCUUCAGAAUCUUGGAUUGCGGCUUGAUUUGCCACAAACUACUAUCGCUACUGCAAUGGUUCUCUGCCAUCGGUUUUUUGCUCGGCGAUCACAUGCUUGCCAUGAUAGAUUUUUGAUUGCUACCGCCGCCCUUUUUCUUUCUGCAAAGUAUGAGGAGACACCACGCCCUUUGAAUAAUGUGUUGAGAGCGUCUUGUGAGAUUUUCCAUAAGCAGGAUUUCAGUUUCUUGUCCUAUAUGCUCCCUGUUCAGGACUGGUUUGAGCAGUAUCGGGAACGGGUGACUGAUGCUGAGCAAAUGAUACUGACCACUCUAAAUUUUGAACUUGGUGUGCAGCAUCCAUAUGAUCCUCUUACGUCUAUUCUUAACAAAUUAGGCCUUUCACAAACUGUUUUGGUGAAUCUGUCCUUAAGCUUGGUCAGUGAAGGGAUGUACACAAGAUUAGCGUUGAUCACCUGUAUGAUAUUCUUAGCUGGCGGAUUGAUAUGCUGUUCAUGGAAACUUUUUGAUUUACUUCUGAAGUUGAACUGCCGAUAUGUUGUGGAUGAAUUUUCAUAAUAUGCCCCAUCAACUUGGUCAUUGGCUAUUGAAUAUAGCCACAGAACCUCCAUAGCCAUUUUCACUAUUUUCUUUUAACAUUCUGGUGGAGUUUAUUCAGAAAGAGUCCUCUAAAGUCCUGCUUACAAACAUACAGUUUGUGAGACAGGGCUUUUUGUGUGCUAGGUUUUGGAGGAAGACCAUUCACUAGGCAAGGAUUUAUUUUGUGCUUGGUAGCCCUUCCUGUCCUUGAGGCAUUUUUACGAACGCCUCCAAAGACUUUGCCUACUAACAACAAGCGGUUGACCAGAUAUCUAGGGGUGGCUUUAGGUUUAACGGAGGCUAUGAUAAGUGUUUUCUUUCUGCAUCAGUUUUGAAAGUUUUGAAUUUUUUUUUCCUUAUAACCUUUUGCACAAAUGAGAUAGUACACUGGGUUUGCACUCUGAGUGUUCUAAUUUUUCUUCCUUCUUGAGUAUCAGGGCUUCAAUCUGAUUUCAGUUUCGACCAAACUCUUUCUGAUGGAAGUUUAAACCUUGGCCCAAGAAUUGCAAAUUGUUGUAGAAAUGUUGCUACUGAUGCAUGUGUCUCAGGAGCUUGUGUGGGUUCUGUCUGACUUAGAUGUUUUGUUGUUUUUAGUGCUGGGUUCUUUUUCCCAGUACAGAAUGGAAUGGGAGGCCUUAAAAUAUUGCCAUUCAUCUACCCUCUCCCCAAAAGGAAGAAAAGAAAAUAGAGAAAAUAAUAAUAAUGCAACACUUGUGAAGUGAAAAUGAGAAAGAAAUUGGCAAAAUGUGCGGACAGCUCUCUCCAUUAGUGAAGCUUUGAGAUGUAACUUGUUUUCCAAGAUGGGGAAUAGGAGGCCAGGAAUUGUAUCUCAAUUUUGAUAUAGUUGCCUGGUGUCAUAUCAUAUCUAUUUGGUUUAACCCAUAUUUCUCAGGUAAUGGUUUGUCUGGAUCUAGACCGUGCCCAAUUAUUUAUCAGGGCCGAGAUCUUGACUGGGAACUGUUUGGUUCCAUUUACUUGUUAUCAGUUAUUGUCAAUUGCCUAGUCCCAACUCCCAUGUAAGUUCUUUUUCACAAUUUUGAAUAAAUUUUGAGGCCAGUUCGAGUUGGUGGGCAAUCUUUAUUUUGUUUUUUUGGCCUUGACAAUAUUAUAAUAUCUUAUUUAAGUUUUCCUAUAUUCAAACUUUAUUUGAAACAUUCUUUCAAGUGAUGAAUUUGUUUCUAGAUAUUUUUUAUGAAAAAAAAAAGAUAACAGUUUUCUUGAAAUGGAUUUUGAUUUAUUCAGUGUCUAAAUUUAUUAUUUUUGUUAACUACAUUUUAUAUCGUAUUCCUAUCUUCAUUUACUUGUGAUAAUGAGUUUGAUCUUAAUGCUACUAUUGGUGUUAUUUAUGAUUAUUAAUUUUACUACUGUCACUAUGGACUGGCUAUUCCUUCUGUUAGAUGACUCCUUGUUUUACACAGAAGUACACAGCCAUAUGUAUUUGAAAUUUGAAAAUUCCACAUUCAUUUAUGACAGUUUGUAAAAUCUCAUAAAAGAAUUAAAUGUUUAUCUUUUAUAGCAUAUGUCCUUAUCAGAAAAAAAAAAGAAAAAAAAAAAGAAAAAAUCAUAGCGGUUAAGAUAUAGGCAUAUACUUUUGUAUCCUACUUGGUUUCAUCCAGGGAUGUUUUUGGUGAGGUGGAAAGGCUACCCCAGAUCAUUUGUACAAGUGUUGUAAGAUUAUGUGUACUGACUGCAGCUGGUAUGAAAAGCUUUUGUGAAGACUAAAAUCACAAUGAGUAUAGGUUCCAGAGGAAAGAUUUUACUACUUUUUCUUUUUGGUCUGAGAUUUUGCUAAACUAUGUUAAAACUUUUAGCCAAUUUUCUUUAGUGAGAAAAAUUAACCACCCUACCCCAGUUGAAUAUCUAGCAUUCAUCCUUGUAGUUGUCUGAAAAUUCCAACCAUUGUUAAAAUCCUUCUUCUAGGGGUGCAGUCAUCAUUUUGGUGUUCUAAGAAGUUCUCGGCAAGCCUUGCUUUACCCAGCGCUCCUUAGUAUGUUAUAUAGAAUAGAUUAGUUGAUGGUAUAAGAGAAGGAUAUACGUGUUGUACACACGCAGUUACACACAUACUGACCAGCUGGAACAAACUAUAAAUGACAUUUCAGCUUUAUCUCAUGCCGGCAACAUGUGUAUAGUCGAUGAUUCUCAUUGGGAAGUCAAUAGUUGGGGUAAUGUGUAUGUUCAAUGAGCAUUGAUGCAUGUGUUUGACAAGUCUGUCCAGAUCCAGCCAUUGAGCAGAAGAUUGUGGAUUAGCUUUCAGAAGUUUGAUUGUUUGCAAUGCGCUUCUGCUUCCUGUUUGCUUUCUCAUAUGAAUUGUGUACAUGAGUAAAAUAGCCGUGCAGCAGUUUUGGGCCUGGGAGUUUUGAUGUGUUCUCUAGAUGGGUAUAACAUGUUUGCUAUAGAUUUGGUACUCUUAUCAGCAAUCCUGCAGAGAUUCUGGAAAAUAUUCUACCUGACUUGCUGCUUUUGUAGUUGGCUCCGGAGUUCUCUGUGGCUCCAGUUCAAACCACAUCAUAUUGCUGCUGGAGCAGCGUACCUUGCUGCGAAGUUUCUAAAUUUGGAUCUUGAUUCUUAUCAAAAUGUCUGGCAGGAGUUCCAGGCUACACCAGAUAUUCUUGAAGAUGUGGCCCAGCAGUUGAUGGAACUGUUCUAGGAGAAUGGAACAUGGUUGUGGUGGUAGGCUUUAGCUACUUUUUUGUGGAUAAAAUUAGGAUAUGCAUGUCAUGAUCAAGUGGGGAAGACAUAUACACGACUUUGCAAGGUCUGGGCGUGAGGAGGCAGAUAUUCCCACCAAGAUAUUUUAUAUACGUGCCCAUCUUUUGUCUCACAACUGCCCCUUCCUCUUGAAGGCGUAAAAAGUAUAGGUUUUUUUUAAAGGUUUUUGUAACAACUUCUACCAGCCAUACUCUUUUCUCGGAGUGGUAAGUUAAUACAAUGACAAAAUCGCUAAAAAGUUUUUAUUUCAUGUGCUUGAUGUUCUUGUUUCUAC